AUGGGGUUCGUGGACUACCUGUCCGACCUCUAUGCCUCCCUGACCAUCCAAUCCGCCGAGGCCGAGGAGCAGCAGAAGGAAGAGUCUUCUGAUUCCAAGGAAGAAGGCGGAGAGGAGGGCGAGGAAGGCAAGGGGAAGGAGUCUGAAGAGGGCGGUGACGAAGAAGAGUCCGGAGGUGACGACAGCGGCGAGGGCGAAGACAAGGAGGAGGGCGGAGAAGAUGGUGGUGAGGAGGGCGGAGAUGACCAGGGAGGAGACGAUGAUGAGGAAGAGGAGGAAGAGGAGGAGGAGCCCGAAGACCCGCUGCCCAAGCUCGAAGAGGAAUGCCUGAAGACCGCCGCAUGUGCUCCGCUGAAACGACACUACGACGAGUGCGCCGAGCGCGUGCAGCAGCAGGAGGAAGAGAAGGGCAAGGCCGAAGAGGACUGUGUCGAAGAGUUCUUCCACAUGAUGCACUGCGCGACCCAGUGCGCUGCACCCAAGCUAUUCCGCCAGUUGCGAUAG